AGCGAUCGAGCGAUACGGUACGCCGCACCAGACGGUGCGGUUGUCGCGAAAGUCUUCUCUAAUCUACAAAUGGCUUUUGGGAACUCUGGUCCGUAGGCGAUAUCAGAGGAAAAAGUGGAAAUCUGCAGGUUAUGUGCGUCAGCAAAGUAGCAGACUGAAAUUUUCUUGUCUUUAUCAAAGAAGUGAAUCGCCCGGGAGAAUCGUGAGACGAUGUGACUCGUGACUAUUCGAGUUAAAAUCCACAAAAUGGAUCGCCAAUCUUACGUUCUCACUCGGUAACCGCGUAAAUAUCCUCUCCGGGGAGAGGUUAGCUCUCCUCCGGUUCGAGGGAGAGAUUAGCUCUCCUUCGCCGACUCGAUCGAAAAUGGCAGUGGAGUUUCUGAUAAAUCGGCUCAAGGCCCUGCUUGUGUUGCUCUUCGGUAUAUUUAAAAGAGCCAUGUGCUGCCUUCGACGUCGAAGAAGAUCGUCCUGCGACUCUGUACCUCUGUCCACGGUUGGCGUAAUACCCAACGUUCUAAAUAAUUCAACGGAAUUAGAACAGUGGGACAAGUGGGAAGAAAAUCCAAUUGUUGUGAUACCUGACAAACCAGUUAACACGAUACAAGCAAAGAUAGAUCAGUAUCGACAGCAAGUCAACAAGCCUCCUGAGACACCCACUGAAGAACAACUCAACUUUUUUGAGGAUAUGACCCCAAAAAUCACUAGACAAACAAAGAUCCUAAUAAAGGAUAAACACAUGGAUGGCUCAUCUCGCAACACUAUAAAGUUCAUAGCUAUGGAUCCUGUUCCAACUAAUGAGUUGGGAGAGUGGGAAGAGAAUGCCGCUGGCUGGGAAGUGGACACUAUAGAGGAAUUUGGUGAUCCUACCAAAGCUCUACGAGAGCAAAAAAGGAGAGAGAGGGAACAACGGCUGAUUGAGCAGCAACAGAAAAGAAUGGAGCGUACAGCAAAACCACCAGUAUUGGGUGCUAAAUUGUGCUCCUGAUGUGAAAUCACAAACACAUGGGAGUUAAUAUCAAAAUACACAAUAACGUACAAUCUAAUGGCAUUCAUACUAGAAAUUCUCCACCCAGAAAUUGGCUCGGUUAUGUUAAUUAUAUCAUAAGUGCAGUAUAUUUACUUUUAAAUAGAACAAUUAACUUGCAUUCUGCAUGUAUUUCAUCAGAAUGCGUAUGUAUGCUCACUUGUGUGUAUCAGUUUCCUUGACGUUUUCAAAGAUAAAUGAAAUAUCGAUUUGUCUGUUUCCAUAAAAAGUAUAAUAUUUGUAAACAUUCCAUGUGAAUCUUGUACAGUAUCGAGUGUGAUAUGUUUUAGCUUUUACACAAGACAGAAUAACUGUUUUGCAAAUUUUGUAAUAAGUCGACGCGAUAAGUCGAACCGAGUAAACUUCGUCUUAUAUCACGAAUGUCUGUAAUAAUCUUGACGAAUUUGUAAUCUUUGUGCUAGUGAAAUUUGCCAAAAGCUGAUCUUGCAGAGGAAAGAAAGAUGUUAGUAUAUUUUAAACUGUUAGAUUUUUCCAUGGUUUUGGUUAAUCAUGUAUGAUUAUAAAGUAACGGUGAUCAUGGAUUUUUAAGUGGAUUUCAUAAUAAAGUGUAAUUAUGUUUAGACUGAAAA